AUGCAGAACAUAUUCGGAGCCAUUAAAGAAGAACAAUCACGAAUCCUGAUGACCUGCAACUCAGCCAGAGAGAUGUGGAUCAAACUAGAAUCUGAGUAUGAAGAAGCUGCCGCUGAUAGCAUACCAUUAUUGUGGACCAAGUUUUAUGGGUGCACCUUUAGGCAAGGCCAGAGUGUCUCAAGUUUUUUGACAGAACUAGAGCAAAUUGCAUUUCGUCUGAAGAGCCUACACAUAGCCAUUGAUGACGAACAAAUAAUGGCAAAAGUCCUCAUGUCACUACCUGCAGAAUUCCGUGUCUUUGGCUUUGCUUGGGAAAGUACACCCGUCGCUGAGAAGACUCUAAAAAGGCUCACGACCCGUAUCAUUACACUCGAUAAGAGCAUGAGAAAUGAUGAAGAAAAACGAUCAACUCCUGCUGCAGCAUUUCUCAGUAAGAAUAAAAACGGCGCUGAACCACAUGAUGAAGAGUCAAGAGAACGUGCUCUACCUGCCCAGUUCGAUCGUGGAAAACGAGGUCAUUCUUCUCAUCAACAGUCUGGCGCAACGAAGGGAUGCUGGGAGUGCAAAUCGACGACGCAUGUCAGAGCUCAUUGUCGUCAAUACAAACGCCAGCGUGAAAAAGAGGAAGACGAAGCAGACCGAAAAAGAAAACGUUUUGAUCAGAACGACAGAAGAGAUAGUGAUCGUAGCAGAGACCAGAGAGACAAAGACAGACAUUGCCGUGACGACAGCAGAGAUGAAAAGGACUACCAAAAAGAACGAAAGGGUUACAGCUAUACAUCUUCGACGGAUCACGAAGUAAACAAGCCGUCAACAUGGUACGCUGACUCAGGUGCUACUCAGCACAUGACGGACAAUAGGGCACUUCUAACCAACUUUGUACCCACUGGACCAUAG